CUUAUGGUAUUUUUUUUGUCUUUCUAUAGGGCUGAAAGACACACAGAAGUCUUCAUGGAUAUAGUUGAUACAUUUAAUCAUUUAAUUCCUACUGAACACUUAGAUGAUGCCCUAUUUCUAGGAUCCAACCUGGAGAAUGAAGUCUGUGAGGAUUUUAGUUCAAGUCAAAAUGUCUUAGAGGACUCGCUGAAGAACAUGCUCAGCGAUAAGGAUCCUAUGCUAGGAUCUGCAAGUAACCAGUUCUGUUUGCCUGUUUUGGAUAGCAAUGAUCCCAAUGUCCAGAUGCCUUGUUCAACAGUUGUUGGUCUUGACGAUAUUAUGGAUGAAGGAGUUGUUAAAGAAAGUGGCAAUGAUACCAUUGAUGAAGAAGAACUGAUUUUACCUAACAGGAAUUUGAGGGACAAAGUAGAAGAAAAUUCAGUAAGAUCACCAAGAAAAUCACCUCGUUUUAUGGCACAAGAACAAGUAAGAAGUUUGCGACAAAGCACUAUUGCCAAGCGUUCAAAUGCAGCACCUUUAAGUAGCACAAAAAAAGCAUCUGGGAAGACUCUAUCUUCCCCUAAAGCAGGGGUAAGACAACCAGAAAGGUGUCAGAUCAAAGAAGAAGUUUGCGCAUCACCGAACAUCGAGUGUCACAAAGAGAGAAGGAGCAGCCGGCAUAUUGGGCAAAUGGAAGUGGUACCAGCAGUAUCGGUGUCUUCAGGUCAUUCUUCAGUGUCACCUUGUCUUGAAUUGAAGGAUGAAGCUGGGCUAGAUUCUCUGAAUAAAUGCAAUAAUCAGGGAGAAGCAAAUGUGCCAUCUCAUGAAUUAAAUUGUUCGCUUCUUUCAGAGACUUGCGUCAGUAUUGAAGAAAGGAAAAAUGAAGCUCCGAUGGAAUAUAAAAUCAAGCUUGUUAGGAGCCCGUUGUUUAAGUUUUCAGAUAAAGAAGAGCAUGAAGAGAAGGAUUCCGUUUCAGAUAGAAUGCACGACAUUGUCGAAGAGAUGAGAACAGAGGGUAAACUGGAACAGGAAUCAAAGGGGACAGUAAAAUCUCAUGGAGGUGAUCAAAUUGUUGAGGAACCUGGAUCCUUUGGUGAUACUGCUUAUACAAAUCCAAAUAAAGCAAAAAAGAGCCUUGAAGGUUUGUCUGCUUCUGUUGGUGAGGCAACUGAAUGUAAUUUGGAAUUAAAGAACACCAUAGAAACCGAUGAUAACCAGUCACAGAGUGCUGAAUUGAAUAAAUCAGACUUAGAAAUGGUUGAUACUACUGCUUUUGAACCAGAAAGUAAUAUUUUAGAAAAUGCUUUAUGUGAUGCUCCUGACCAAAAUUUACAACUGCAUGCUGAAAGUAUUAAAAUGGAGCCCCAUGAAAUAACAGACCUUCAGGAUGAUAGAAACGGCCAAUCAAGCAGUGUUUCUUAUGUAGAGUCAAAAAACAUGAAAUCCAAACAUAUGAAAUCCGCAAUUCAUUCUAAGCAAAACAUGACCACAGAUACUCCGAAGAAAAUAGUUGCAACAAAGCUUGAAAUAAUGCAUAACAAAAACAAAAUUAACGUUAACAGUGUGAAACGAAAUGCUGAUGAACCAGAAUCCCAGCAAAAUUUUCAUAGGCCAGCCAAAGUGAGAAAAAAACAAGAUAAUAAAGAUUUAAAGAUUCAGAGUAGCAGUUCUGGGGCUAGAUCUGUCAAAAAUCAAUCUCAUUUGGUAUUUAAAAAAGUACCUCAGGAUCAACACUCAGUACUGAUGUCUAAACCCAUAGCUCAGUCUUUGAGUGAUAAGCCUCAUGGUCAUCCCACUUACACUAAAGAACCUCAUCAUCCAGCACAAACUGGGCAUUUAUCACAUUCCAGCCAGAAGCCCCAACAGCAGGUCCCAGCAAUGAAAAGCAAUAGUCAUGUGAAGGAAGGGCAUGAAUAUGCAGGGGCAGAACAUUUCAAGGAGGAAGAUAAGCUGAAACAAAAAAAACCCGAGAAACAUCUACAACCCCGCCAAAGAAGAAGCAGCAAAAGUUUUUCUUUGGAUGAACCACCUUUGUUCAUUCCAGAUAAUAUAGCUACUGUAAAAAGAGAAGGCUCAGAGCAUAGCUCCUCAUUUGAAAGCAAAUAUAUAUGGACUCCCAGCAAGCAGUGUGGGUUUUGCAAAAAACCACAUGGCAACAGGUUUAUGGUUGGCUGUGGGAGAUGUGACGACUGGUUUCAUGGUGAUUGUGUUGGAUUAAGCCUUUCCCAAGCACAACAAAUGGGAGAGGAAGACAAGGAAUAUGUGUGUGUGAAAUGUUGUGCUGAAGAAGAUAAGAAGACUGAAGUCUUAGAUCCAGAUCUUUUGGAAAACCAAGCUAAAGUUGAAAUUCAUAGUGAAGAUAAAACAAUGGACGGUGAAAAGCUUGGGUUAUCAAAGCACACCUCAGCACACGAGAAGAACAAGUAUAUAGAUGAUACAGUGAAGCAUAAAGUCAAAAUUUUAAAACGGGAAUGUGGUGAAAGCAAAAGCUCAUCAGAAUGUAGAGAUAGUGAAAUUAAAAAAUGGCAGCUAGCCCCUGUUCGAAAGACGGGACAACCAGUUUUAUCUCGGAAAUCCUCAGAAGAAAAAAGUGAAAAAGUAGCAAAAGAAUCUACUACUGUUAUUUGCACAGGAGAAAAAACUUCGAAACCAGGUGCUCAUGAGAAGUCAGAGAUAAAAAAGAAGAAGGUUGAUAAAGGGGGCGUGCCUAAUGUGCAUCCAGCUACUGGUCCUGCUUCCAAACCUUCUGCAGAUCAGAUCAGACAAAGUGUAAGGCAUUCCCUCAAAGACAUCCUUAUGAAAAGACUUACAGACUCAAAUUUGAAGGUACCAGAGGAAAAGGCUGCAAAAGUUGCCACAAAAAUUGAAAAAGAACUUUUCUCUUUUUUUCGGGACACAGAUGCUAAAUAUAAGAACAAAUAUAGAAGUUUGAUGUUCAAUCUGAAAGAUCCCAAAAACAACAUAUUAUUUAAGAAAGUACUAAAAGGAGAAGUAACCCCAGAUCAUCUUAUAAGAAUGAGUCCAGAAGAACUCGCUUCUAAAGAGUUAGCUGCUUGGAGACGAAGAGAAAACAGACAUACCAUUGAGAUGAUCGAGAAAGAGCAGAGAGAAGUUGAAAGACGACCAAUCACAAAAAUAACUCACAAAGGUGAGAUAGAAAUUGAGAGCGAUGCCCCGAUGAAAGAGCAAGAAGCUGCCACGGAGAUUCAGGAAUCUACAGCCAAUAAGUCAUUGGAGAAAAUAGAAGAACCUGAAAAGCAAAAAGAGGACAUUGACUCCAUGUCAAAAGAUACCACCAGCCAACAUAGACAGCAUCUUUUUGAUCUUAACUGCAAAAUUUGCAUAGGUCGAAUGGCACCUCCUAUAGAUGAUCUUUCUCCAAAAAAGGUGAAAGUUGUUGUUGGAGUAUCACGUAAGCAUUCAGACAAUGAAGCCGAAAGUAUAGCAGAUGCAUUGUCUUCAACCUCAAAUAUUUUGGCUUCUGAAUUCUUUGAAGACGAGAAACAAGAGUCUCCAAAAUCAACAUUCUCUCCUGCUCCGCGGCUUGAGAUGCCUGGGACUGUUGAGGUUGAGUCUACAUUCCUGGCUCGUUUGAAUUUCAUCUGGAAAGGUUUUAUCAACAUGCCUUCUGUGGCAAAAUUUGUUACCAAAGCUUACCCAGUAUCAGGCUCCCCUGAGUACUUGACAGAGGAUCUGCCAGAUAGUAUUCAAGUAGGUGGCAGAAUAUCACCCCAGACAGUUUGGGAUUAUGUGGAAAAAAUUAAAGCAUCAGGAACCAAGGAAAUUUGUGUGGUUCGUUUUACACCAGUAACUGAAGAAGAUCAAAUUUCUUAUACUUUGCUGUUUGCGUACUUCAGUAGCAGAAAGCGCUAUGGAGUAGCUGCUAACAACAUGAAGCAGGUUAAGGAUAUGUACCUUAUUCCUUUGGGUGCCACGGAUAAAAUUCCACACCCUCUUGUGCCUUUUGAUGGACCUGGGCUUGAACUACAUCGACCUAAUCUACUGUUGGGCUUGAUUAUUCGUCAAAAACUGAAACGACAGCAUAGUGCUAGUGCUAGCACUAGUCAUACAGCCGAGGCUCCUGAAAAUGUUCCAGCAGCAUUGCCACCUGAUAAAAAAUGUAAAAUGGAAGUUUCUCCAGAAGAAGCACCAGAGGAAGAAAAUGACUUUUUCAAUUCCUUUACAACUGUAUUGCACAAGCAGAGAAAUAAGCCUCAGCCGACUAUUCAGGAAGACCUCCCAACAGCAGUGGAGCCAUUACUGGAAAUCACCAAACAGGAGCCACCCAAACCUUUAAGAUUUCUUCCUGGGGUAUUGAUUGGCUGGGAAAGUCAACCUACCACUCUGGAAUUAGCAAAUAAGCCUCUUCCUGUGGAUGAUAUACUUCAAAGCCUCUUGGGCUCUACUGGUCAAGUAUAUGAACAGGCUCAGCCAAUGAUGGAACAAAAUAUUAUUAAGGAAAUUCCAUUUAUAAAUGAGCAAACCAAUUCCAAAGCAGAAAACACCGAUAAAAUGGAAGUACCUGAUGAUGAAGCCAAGGAGGUAAAGGUCAGCAUAGAUAAUCAUUCAGAAGCUACAGAUAAUUCAGUAGUAGUAGUAGAAGAAGAAACAUCAGUACUAGGGUCCUCUCCCACCUCUCUGGGGCCUUUAACAAAUCUCAGUCUCAGAGGUAAACCACCAGAUAUUUCUACAGAAGCAUUCUUAGCAAAUCUGUCAAUUCAGUCAAAACAAGAGGAAGCUGUGGAGAGUAAAGAGAGGACAUUAAAAAGCCAGCUGCUGCAAGAUCAGGAGAAUACUUCACAAGAUAACUGGACUUCAAAUUCUGGCUCUCCAGGUAGGGCUAAUGUAGGCAAAGGAAACGCUGAUGGUAGUGUGAGUUGCAGUGACAGCCUUAUUGCUAACCCAGCGAGGUCCCCACAGUUUAUCAACCUGAAAAGGGAUCCUAGGCAAGCAGCAGGACGCACUCAACAGUUAAGUUCCACAGAGAACAAAGAUGGCGAUAGUGGACAGAAUGGAGAAAAACACACCCUGCCUGGCCUGCCACAGAAGGAGCACUUAACAGAGGAAACGAAUAUUGAGGAAAAAUUGCCUUCUGUAGAGAAAACCGCAGGUGUUCAGCACAAUGAUAAUUCAAGUGCUCCACAAAACUCAUCUUCAAUAGAAAAUGAACACACUUCUCAAACAGAAAAAACAAAACCUUUACAGGAGGACAUUUUAAUGCAAAAUAUUGAAACUGCACACCCGUUACGAAGAGGAUCAGCAGCAACAACGGCUCAUUAUGAAGUUGGAAGCACAUGUCAAUCAGAAUUUCCUUCUAAAAGCAUCACCUUUACCUCUCGAAGCACCAGCCCCAGAACAAAUGUAAACUUCUCACCCAUAAGGCCUCAGCAACCCAGUCUUCAGCAUCUCAAGUCUAGUCCCCCUGCAUUUCCAUUUCCAGGACCUCCUAACUUUCCCCCACAGAAUAUGUUUGGAUUUCCACCACACUUGCCACCGCCAUUACUUCCUCCUCCAGGCUUUGGCUUUCCUCAAAAUCCCAUGGUUCCCUGGCCACCUGUUGUUCAUCUGUCAGGGCAGCCACAGCGUAUGCUGGGCCCCCUUUCACAAGCUACAAGGUAUAUAGGCCCACAAAAUUUUUACCAGGUUAAAGACAUUCGGAGACCAGAAAGGCGCCAUAGUGACCCAUGGGGUAGACAAGACCAGCAGCAGCUGGACAGGGCAUUUAAUAGGGGCAAGGGGGAUCGCCAGAGGUUCCAUAGUGAUUCACACCACUUGAGAAGAGAGCGAUAUGAAAAGGAGUGGGAGCCAGAUUCAGAAAGGCAUAGACGCAGAGACAGAGGCCAAGACAAAGACAGGGAUAGAAAAGGCAGGGAGGAAGGGCAUAAGGAGAGGGCACGGUUAUCACAUGGUGAUCGAGGGGCUGAUGGGAAAGCAAGCAGAGAGAGUAGGAAUGUAGAAAAGAAGCCAGAUAAACCUAAGAGUGAAGACCAUGAGAAGGACAAAGAGCGAGAGAAAAGUAAGCAUAGAGAAGGUGAAAAGGAUCGGGAUAGGUAUCACAAAGACAGGGACCACACUGACAGAGCUAAAAGCAAAAGGUAAAAUAAGCAGGCGGUGUCAAGAUUACAUUUAAAUAACUAUUAGGUGUAUCUUAAAAACUUUCUAAGGAUGCCUGCUAGGAUUGUGCCAUCUUUAAAAUUUCUCAUCCCUGUGGUUUGGAGAAAAACAAACUGUUGGAGCUGGGCGUUCUGUACCAUCCUUUCUUCAUACCAACGGUAUCUAGUUGUAGGGAUUUAAUAUUUUUUAAAGUUUUACAUUGCUGUAUAUUCAGAGAUUUGUUUAAUUAAUACGCAAUAAAGGCUUAGAAAUUUUAGUUUUCUGUAAUUGAUAAAUAUGGUUAACUAUGGAUAUAUAUUUACUGCCUCUAGUGAAUGUCCUUUAUAUAAUGACUAAUUUGAGAGUAGUGUGUGCUCUGUAAGUUUGUUUUAAAUUGCACUGUUUUAAAAAAUACAAACUCGAGAGGAACUAUGAAAGCCAAGCAACUUCAUAAUCAGAUUAUACUAAUUAUUUAGUUGAGCCAUUUUGACCAAGAAUCAAAAGUCUACGGAGUACAUGUAUUGCUUUAAUCGGCACUCAUUGAAGGCGCUUUAUUACUAUAUGCUACAGCUUUGUAGUAGGCUCUUAAUUUCCUUUUUUUGGCUUGUCAGAAACUUGAAUACUUGAGCUUGUACAUGAUCUUGUGUUUUGCUAUCCUUUAUACUGUAAAAUGUAAAUAUUUUAAGGGAUAUUUUGAUUCCAAAUAUGAUAAAAGACUUUCUCACCUA